AUGGGUUUGAUUAGACAAGUGCCUUCAUGGUCCCACGAUGAGUGGCGAGAUUACAUUUCAGUCAAUCCUACAAGGGACGAGGUUACCCAUUAUAGGGUAGAUCCUGAUGUAGAAUCUGAUAACUCCAUUUUAAAAUUGAAUACGUUUAAGGACUUUAGUAGCAUUACAUGCUUGGAUUAUUCGGAAGCUGAACCUGGUCUCGUGGGAGUUUCUGAAAAGAAUGGUUUCCUUAGAUUGUUCAAUGUGCUGCAAAUGUCGACUGAUGACCUACAAGGCGGAAAGGAUGCUAUUGACAUUAAGGUAAGAGCAAAACAGCACCGGACAAUUAAUAGCUUAAGCAUCAAUAAUAAUGGACUUGUGGCUAUGGGUUUGGAUAGAAGUAGGAAUGAUCCUUCCUUGCAAAUAUGGGACGUGAACUACCAGAGUACGAACUCUAAUAUUGUCAACCCAUCCUUUUCAUAUUGCUCGAAUGAGGCAAUUAUAUCUUUGAAGUUUAUUGACGAAACCAACCUUUUGGCAUCCAGCACUAAACUUAUCAAGGAGUUUGAUUUGAGGGCUCCUAAUCCAGUUUAUCAGCAUCCCUCGAAGUUGUCUUACGAUAUCAAGAUAAAUCCGUACAAUCAUUGGCAAUUUUCCACCUUUGGCCAGGACGGUACUUUGGCAAUAUGGGAUAGGAGAAACCUAUCAGUCACAAUGAAUUCGAACCAAUACCUAGAGGCUGAACCAUUACUUUAUUUUGAAAAAUUGGUUGGCCAUGGAGCUGCAUCCCGGAAAUACAUGAAUUCAUGUUUUAGAUGGUCUGCAGUGAGAGGGUCAGAGUUUGCAACACUCCAUAAUGGUGAAGUUAUAAGAAGAUGGAGACUGGGAAUAAUUCCUGGUAAUUCUGAUGAUUAUGGUUCAGAUACGAACAACUCCAAUCCUGGAAGCGAGAUGGCAUCGUUAUUUGUUUCCACAGUAAAUGAUAUCACCACUACUUAUGAUCGUGUCGUUACAUUCGACUAUAUACCAAAGGAAAAUGGGGAUUCUAGCUUUAUUUGUAUGAGGCAAUCUGGUACAAUCUAUCGUAUGGUGAAAAGGGAGGGCAUAUCAAAAGUUGCUUUCAAUAAUUUUAAUGGAUUCAUAACAUUGAAUACAAGCACUGCUGAUGCAGAGGAAUUAAAGCUUUCAUCCGGUGCACAGUUAUCGAUCACGAAUAAUUUGAUUGCGGGUAUCAAAAACUUAACCUUUGAAGACUUGGAUUUGAGUGAAAAUACUAAUUUCGACUCAGACUUUGACGAAACUAAUUCUGUUGACCAAGAGUUCAAUAACUCCGAUUUUGAAACUGAUGAGGAGCAAGAAGAGUGUAGAGAUUCUGCAAGUUUCGGCAAACAUCGGUAUUUAUUGAAACCUGAAAAACUGCUGCAGAAUGAUAUCAGUACUAUUAUGCGUAUACGUGCAACACUAGGUUACGGUUUAGAUCCCAUGUCCACUGUUGAGCUUAUCGACCGUUCUAAAUCUCUGCAAAAUAAUGCAUACAUUAGAAACACUUGGCGAUGGAUUGCCAUUGCUAAAUCGUCUGUAGAAGAUGGCACUAUGGUCUCCGGUGAAUUGGACUUGGGCUAUGAAGGUAUAUUAGACAUUUGGAACGGCUUAGAAGGGCUAUCUAACCAAAAUAGAUACAAAGAGGGAAGUAGUUUUACUGAGAAACAGUUGAUCAAAGAACUCGAGAAAAUCAUUGUCAUGCGGGGCAAAACUAAACUACGCGUGGGUAAUACCAGGCAGAUUGGAACACUUGUAAACACUUCAAAGCCUAUUCAACGUCGACUAUGCAUGGUAAUUUCCGGUUGGGAUUUAUCACCUGUUGAGAUUGAAGAAAAGUACAGUAAUCUUAUAUCUUUGAAUAACUAUGAGAAAGCUGCAGGGUGGGCAGUUUUCUUUGGUGACGUACAAAAGGCAAUAGAAAUUUUGAGUUCAGCAAAGAAAGAGAGAUUGCGCCUAAUAGCAACUGCAAUAGCGGGUUACUUCGUUUACAAGGACCAUCCCGGUGAUAACGCUUGGCGGCAACAAUGUCGAAGACUAUCGUCAGAACUAGAGGACCCUUACCUGCGCGUUAUAUUCUCGUUUAUUGCAGACGGUGAUUGGUGGGAUAUCUUGUAUGAGAACUCUAUUUCCUUACGUGAAAGGCUUGGCGUUGCUUUACGGUUCCUCAAUGAUGGAGAUUUGACCCGUUUCUUAGAGCACACAGUCUCGACGGUCAUAGCCAGUGGCGAACUGGAGGGCCUGAUUCUCACAGGUAUAACUCCCAACGGCAUCGAUCUGCUACAAUCGUACGUUAGCAAGACGAGCGACAUACAGACCGCAGCAUUGCUGUCCCUUUAUAGCUGCCCCCGAUACUUUAGAGACAUUCGCGUAGACGAAUGGAUUCACUGCUAUAGGGAAAUGCUGAAUUCUUGGCAGCUUUUUACAAUCAAGUCAAAGUUUGAUGUUCUCAGAACAAAACUUUCGCGAAACAGUCAGGAUGAGGUCAAAUGUGAAGUGCGUCCCCGUCAGAUGUACAUUCAAUGUCUUAAGUGUAACAAAAAUAUCAACAGACCACAAGAAAACUCUGCUGCCAAAUUGUCCUUGCAGGGUAGCGGACUUAAAGUAAAGAGUACCUCCAAAAAGCGCUCAUGGAACCACACAGCAAAUGUACAAUCUGAUACACCUGCACAGAAGUACUCUUGCCCACAUUGUGGAACAUCCUACCCAAGAUGCGCAAUAUGUCUCUUACCGCUUGGUACGGGCAACCUACCAAUUGUCAUUGGUGGUGCAGUAAUAGACGGCGGCGAAAGAACAUCAAAACUACAUGAACAAGUAAAUGAAUCUAAAACAAGGAAGCAGCAAAAACUAAAUGAGUGGUUCAGUUUUUGUCUGUCUUGCAACCAUGGAAUGCAUGCCGGCCAUGCUGAAGAAUGGUUUGAGAAACACAUUAUAUGUCCCGUUCCUGGUUGUUCUUGCAAAUGCAACACAUGA